AGUUGUAGACCGAACUGUUGGGUGGCAAUCGCUGCUCUGGAGCAUGGUGGAUAGAGGGAACAAAAAAUAGUGUUUGGUUAAAUUAUAGGAUAUGGUGGUGGGGAAGAACGCUAGAUACCCUGGUGGGCAUUAUGGUAAUGCCUUUGAUGGUGCGGGGGAAUUGGAGGGUUCUGGUAGCUCAGGGCGAAUUGACACAGAAAUUACUGCUUCAGAGGAUUCAAGUGUCCCAACGAGGAAGUGUAUUAAUUUAAACUCCAAUAAUUGUGAUGCAUUUGGCGUCCCCAUGCAAGUUCUUCCCUUGUCAAACACGUUGCCGUCUGAAAGAAAGGAGUUAAUACGUAGGUUGAAGUUGGAACUUGAACAGAUUCGGGUACUUCAGAAGAAAUUUGAAUUGCAAAAAGCUAAUGCUGUAACUUUGUCAUCUUCUAGUGAUAUUCUUAGCUGCAGUAAUGGACAAACUGGGCCACGAGUAGAAAAUUUCAGAAAGUCAUCAGCAAUGACUUCUGUACCAGGAAAGAAACUGAACCCUCCAGGCCAUGGUCAUGGAAAGAAAUUGAAUCCUACUGGUUCCAAGCAUCGGGGAUGGAAUCGUGGUACUUCUGGAAGGUUUGAAUCCACACCAAGUACUGCAAAUGUAAUUUUGAUGAAACAGUGUGAGGCACUGUUGAAACGAUUGAUGUCCCAUCAGUAUGCAUGGGUUUUCAACACACCCGUUGAUGUAGCAAAGUUGAAUAUUCCAGAUUAUCUUACUGUUAUUAAGCAUCCUAUGGAUUUGGGGACAAUAAAGACCAAGUUAGCUUCAGGAAUGUACUUGAGCCCGUUGGAUUUUCGUGCUGAUGUGAAGCUCACUUUCAACAAUGCGAUGACCUAUAAUCCACCUGGAAAUGAUGUCCACUUAAUGGCUGAUACUCUCGCUAAGUAUUUUGAACUGAGAUGGAAAGCUAUUGAAAAGAAACUAUCCAAGACUGAUGCACAACUGUUAACGGAAAAAUCUGGCCCUUGUGAAGACAUGGUAAUUGCUAAAAAAGUGAUGCCUCCCUCAAAAAAGAGGAAAAUUACUUCACUGCAUCUUGAAGUUAUGCCAAAGCCUGUGAAGCGUACAAUGACAGAUGAGGAGAAGCACAAUUUAGGCAGGGAAUUGGAGUCUUUGCUUGGAGAAGUGCCUGCUCAUAUCAUUGAUUACUUAAGGGAGCGUAGUUCUAAUGGAAGGGAAUGCGGAGAAGAUGAAAUUGAGAUUGAUAUAGAUGAUCUCAGUGAUGAUACCUUGUUCACUUUACGAAAACUUUUGGAUGACUAUCUGCAGGAGAAACAAAGGAACCAUCUAAGAUCUGAACCUUGUGAAAUAGAGCUGCUUAAUGAAUCGGCACCGAGCAAUUCAUCCAUGCAACCAUGCAAAGGGAAUGACCCAGCUGAGGAGGAUGUUGACAUUGGUGGAAAUGAGCCUCCCAUCUCAAGCUACCCUCCAGUGGAGAUUGAUAAGGAUACUGCACAUAGAAGCGGCAAAUUUAUCUGUUCAGGCAGCUCCAGUGAUUCGGACUCUGGGAGUUCUUCUGAAAGUGAAUCUGAUGGUGAUAAAGCUUCAAUUCCAGCCAAUAUGCCAAAGGGACCUGAAACUGUGAAUUCUGGAGUCCAAUUAGAUGAACAGACUAAUGCUGUUGAUGCUCUUGAAGGAAAUCAAUCUGUCAGUGGAUUGGAUCAAGUUGAACAGAAUUCCCAGCAAAAGCCAAGUUCUGUUGACUCCGAUUGCCAUCAAGAUGGGGACAGUGCUCCAACUGAAAGGCAGGUCUCCCCUGAGAAGCUUUACCGGGCUGCUCUUUUGAAGAACCGAUUUGCUGAUACAAUCUUGAAAGCUCGAGAAAAGACACUGACACAGCAUGAGAAGAGGGAUCCUGAGAAAUUGCGUCGAGAAAGAGAGGAGCUGGAAUUGGAGCGGUGGAAAGAAAAGGCCCGGUUACAAAGAGAAGCCAAGGCUGCUGAAGAAGCUCGAAGACAAGCAGAAGCUGAAACUGCUGCCGAGGCUAGACGGAAGAGGGAGCUGGAGAGAGAAGCAGCACGACAAGCAUUGCUUCAGAUGGAAAAAACUGUUGAAAUCAACGAUAAUUCUCGGUUUCUUGAAGACUUGGAAAUGCUUCGGAAUGCCCCUGCUGAGCAAUUACCAAGUUCCGCAGACGAGACAAGCCCAGAUCACUCACAGGAUGGCUUGGGUGGUUUCAAGUUUGGGGGUUCAAACCCCUUGGAACAAUUCGGUUUGUUCAUGAAAGUGGAUGAAGAAGAGGAAGCUGAGCCACCGAGUAAUCCUGUAAAUGAUGUCGAGGAGGGAGAAAUUGACUAAAUUUUAUAGUAUUUUGUGUUCGCUAAUGAAUUGGGCAAAGAAUAGAAAUGAAGUUCGUAGCUUACGUCGUGGUGAAUCUGUUGAACCACCCAUUAUUUAGGAUCGCGUGUUUUUCAGCCUGCACAUUGUUUAAACGGAACCGAAAAAAAAAAAAAAACUGAACAGAACAGAACAGACAGAUUGAAAAGAACUUUGAACAGUAGUAAAAGUAGGACAGGAUCCAAUAUCUGGUAUUGGGAGAAAUUAGUCGAUUUGUAUGAACAUUUUGAUG